AUGACCCACUUACAUUCUAUGCUGAUGUUAUCGGUGACGCUAGGAGUGAUCACUGCUGUUGUGAUAGAGUCUCCCUGCAAAACUGGCUUUUCUAUUCCCUGGAACGGUGGAUACCAGUGUCUUUGUCCGCCCAACAAACAGGGCAAAAACUGCAGUGAAGAUGUUCCCGAUGCUGAUAAUUGUACCUGGCCUGGGCAUGAAAACGCUUGCGCUUCGGCACCUUGCCACGGGGAGGACGCCGUGUGUAUCAACACAUUUGGCGGAAAGUAUAAGUGCUUAUGCCCACCCGGAGCAAAUGGCGAUCGUUGCGGUCAAGGAACCCACUGCUUUCAAUGUGCAAGUAGGAGAUGGAGGAACGUUACGUGUCCUUUGUUCGACGACAAACCAUUCUUGGCAUCGAUGUCAAUUCAUAAUGUAACCCUCGAGACACAAAUAUCAAGGACCCGAUGUACGAUGAACGACAGAUGGAACUUUGAUUAUAGAACAGGGUACAUGUGGGUAGCCAAAGGCUGCAGAGGCGAGUUUUGUGUGCACUUUCAAGAAGAUGUACCAAGUACAACAACUGGACCACAAACAACAACUGGACCAAGUACAACAACAACCCCAACAACUGGACCAAGUACAACAACAACCUCAACAACUGGACCAAGUACAACAACAACCCCAACAACUGGACCAAGUACAACAACAACCCCAACAACUGGACCAAGUACAACAACAACCCCAACAACUGGACCAAGUACAACAACAACUCCAACAACUGGACCAAGUACAACAACAACCCCAACAACUGGACCAAGUACAACAACAACUCCAACAACUGGACCAAGCACAACAACAACCCCAACAACUGGACCAAGUACAACAACAACCCCAACAACUGGACCAAGUACAACAACGACCCCAACAACUGGACCAAGUACAACAACGACCCCAACAACUGGACCAAGUACAACAACAACUCCAACAACUGGACCAAGUACAACAACUGAACCACAAACAACAACAACUACACGAGAAGUCGGUGAAAGGACUCAAUUAUUCACAGAAAAAAUAAUCGAUAUUGCUGUUACACAUAGUGGACAAAUUGCAGUGAUAAAAGAUGACCCAAAAACGUUCAUGAUUUUAGAUACUGAUUUCAAUUUAGUCAAAACUUUCUUCCAAACUAAUUACGCUCGUGUAGGAACGUACUUCAAAGAAUCAACGUCUACUAGUAUAUUUCUGGCUUGUGACUCGACAGCAUCCUAUGAUACGUAUUCUGUUGCGGGGAAUUUCAUCGCUAACAAACCUCUGAAUCCUCCUACGCGCGAGAUAUUCGAUUUGGCCAUCAUUCCUACAGAUUCAGGGCCCGAUUUCGUAGCGUAUAUAGAUAAAUCUACUUCUAAGUUAGAACUGGACGGCAUGAAUGUGCACUCAUUUAGGGCUCCUAACUAUUUGGCACUACGCGAUAACAUCGUCGUAGUAAGUGACGCCGAAGACAAUAUUGUAAUCGGUUACAAUAUCAAUAUACUCGAUAACGAACUCUUUAGAUACGGCGGAGAUAGCCAAAUUAUACUCAAGGACGUCUGCAUAGACAGCAAGGUACUUCAACACGAUUCCUUACUAAUAAGGUGUUUCAAAUACAGUUCAAAGGACAACAAGUUGUUUGCAGGAUGAAUAUUAGGAGCUUUUUCAUGCAUUUUGCUUGUGUUUUUCAAUACACUUUGAAACAUUUUAU